AUGUCUGCCAGCCAAGACUCCAUUCCCGCCAACGGUGGCAGCAUCGAGGAGAACCUCGAUAACCUCAACAUCAAUGACAGUGAGACUCGCCUCGGUCCCGAUGGCGAGCCCGCUCCCAGAACCGACGAAGAAUACUCCCAGACCACCCUUACCCUGAGAGCCAUCGUGUCUUCCAAGGAAGCUGGUGUGAUCAUUGGCAAGGGCGGCCAGAACGUUGCCAACCUCCGUGACGAAACUGGCGUCAAGGCCGGUGUUAGCAAGGUUGUCCAGGGUGUCCACGACCGUGUCCUGACCAUUACCGGUGGCUGCGAUGCUGUCUCCAAGGCGUACGCUGCUGUCGCUCGCUCCCUUCUCGAAGGCGCCCCGUCUGUUGGCAUGGGUGGCGUCAUCUCUGCCAACGGUACUCACCCCCUCAAGUUGCUCAUCUCCCAUAACCAGAUGGGCACAGUCAUCGGCCGUCAAGGUCUCAAGAUCAAGCACAUCCAGGAUGUCUCGGGCGUUCGCAUGGUUGCGCAGAAGGAGAUGCUGCCGCAAUCAACCGAACGCGUAGUUGAGGUGCAGGGUACCCCCGAGGGCAUUGAGCGCGCUGUCUGGGAGAUUUGCAAGUGCCUGGUUGACGACUGGCAGCGGGGCACCGGCACCGUUUUGUACAACCCUGUUGUCCGCGGCCCUGGCGCACCUGUGAGCGGCGGCGAACGCAACUAUCCCCAGGAAAGGUCCUACGGUAGCUCUCGUGUCACACGGACUGGCAAUGGUGCCGAUUUCAGCAGCAACAGUGGUGGACGCGCCUACAACCGCCGCUCUGAUUCCGAUGCCGCCUCUCGUGGCCCCCCUACCCAUGAUGAGAAUGGCGAGGAGAUCCAGACACAAAACAUCAGCAUCCCCGCUGAUAUGGUUGGCUGCAUCAUUGGACGCGCUGGCUCCAAGAUUAGCGAGAUCCGCAAGCAGUCUGGUGCGCGCAUCUCGAUUGCCAAGGGUCCCCAUGACGAAUCCGGCGAGCGCAUGUUUACCAUCAUGGGCUCUGCCAAAGCCAACGAGACUGCUCUCUACCUCCUUUACGAGAACCUGGAGGCCGAGAAGACCCGCCGCUCUCAGCAGGCUCUUGAGCCUUCCGAGUAG